GGAGGGGGCUCUGAGGCCGGGCCGGGACGUCCCACUGGAAAUGUCUUCUGUGUAAACCGGAGAGUGUGUUAGAUCGUCCCGGGGCCCCGCGCACGCCUGACCUCUCUGCUGGUGUCCCUGCUCUGCAAAGCUGAAGACUUUGAAGAUGAGGGUGUGGAUCGUCUUCCUCCUGUGCCUGGCUGGCCACGCCAUGGCUGCUCCUGCCGAGGAGGAGCCAGCGCUGGAAGAACUGGUCACAGAGGAACCAGCUGAGGAAGUGGAGGUGGGGGCCAACCCCGUGCAGGUGGAGGUCGGGGAGUUUGAUGAAGCCAUUGAGGUUGUGGAGGACGCCGCAGAGAAUCCCUGCCUGAGCUACCGCUGCAAGAAGGGCAAAGUGUGCGAGGUGGAUGAGAGCAACACCCCCAUGUGCGUGUGCCAGGACCCCUCCACCUGCCCCGCCGCCGAGGGCGAGUUUGAGCACGUCUGCGGAAACGACAACAAGACCUACGACUCCUCCUGCCACUUCUUUGCCACCAAGUGCGCCCUGGAGGGAACCAAGAAGGGCCACAAGCUGCACCUCGACUACAUCGGCUCCUGCAAAUUCAUCGAGCCCUGCCAGGACAACGAGCUGAAGGAGUUCCCGCUGCGCAUGAGGGACUGGCUGAAGAACGUCCUGGUGACUCUGUACGAGCGCGACGAGGACAACAACCUGCUGACCGAGAAGCAGAAGCUCAGGGUAAAGAAGAUCUAUGAGAACGAGAAGAGACUGCAGGCCGGCGAGCACUCUUUGGACCUGUUGGCCCGCGACUUCCAGAAGAACUACAACAUGUACAUCUUCCCCGUCCACUGGCAGUUCGGUCAGCUCGACCAGCACCCAGUUGACGGAUACCUGACCCACUCGGAGCUCGCCCCGCUGCGCGCCCCCCUCAUUCCCAUGGAGCAUUGCACCACCCGUUUCUUUGAGGAGUGCGACGCUGACCAAGACAAGUACAUCGCCCUGGAGGAGUGGGCCGCCUGCUUCGGCAUCAAAGAGCAGGACGUGGACAAAGACCUCGUCAUCUAAGCUCCUCAGACCAGCAGCAGUUUGACCAACAACUAGUUGCUACUAACCAGAAAUGGUGCUGAUCCCUAAGUUAAAAGAUAACAGCUAAAGGUGCUAAUCGCGAGUCCUUUUCUUUGUAUUUUCUUUAAUAAUGACAUUUGCUUCCUAUACCACUAAAAGAGAAAUCUUCACAGUCUGUACUAACCAUGGUGAGCAGUCGAACUAAAGACCCAGUAAAGAAAACCUCGGAUGUAAAUUUGAGUUGCUGACCAUCUUCUCUGCUGUUGAUGCAGUCUGAGAUGUCGCAUCGAGGAGAUGAAACUGUAAAGUCAAAAAUAAAGUUUCUAAAUAAAUUCUUCCUUCGCUUGCUUCCUACAAGAACAAA